AUGGACUCCAAUCGCAUGGAGUUCCCAACUCUGGUGAAGGGUAUCAACCCUCUCACCAGCCGUCUGGAGCAGCAGCAGCAACAACAACAACAACCAUCUUCGCCCUCGCUCUCGCCCUCGCCCUCGUCCUCGUCCUCAACCCUCGUUCCCUCCGUCGCCUCCUCGGAGGCAAUCUUCCCCUUCGAAAUGGACGCGCCGUCCCCUAUGGGCUCGGCCCCUGCUCCCGCCGUCGCCGCGGGCUCCUCGCUGUCUCCGCCGUCGGAGCAGCUCAAGAAGGCGAAGAAGAGAAAGGUCUUGCUCAUGGGCAAGAGCGGCUCUGGAAAGAGCAGCAUGAGAAGUAUCAUCUUCUCAAACUAUCUUGCCGUUGACACCAGGCGUCUCGGCGCGACGAUCGACGUCGAUCUGUCGCACGUCAAGUUCCUCGGCAACCUGACUCUGAACCUGUGGGACUGCGGAGGCCAGGAGGCCUUCAUGGAGAACUACAUCAACCAGCAGCGCGCGCACGUCUUCAGCCACGUCGGCGUGCUCAUCUACGUCUUCGACAUAGAGAGUCGCGACGUCGAUCGCGAUCUCGCUACUUACGUGUCCAUCGUCUCCGCACUCGCCCAGUACUCCCCGGCCGCAAAGGUCUUCGUCCUGGUCCACAAGAUGGACCUCAUCAUGCCGAACAUGAAGGAGUCGGUCUUCAACGAGCGCGUCCGUCUCGUCCGCAACAAGACCUCCGAGGCCCUGCAGAAUAUCGCUGGCCUGGCUGGUCCCGCUCGACUCGACAUCCAGCCGUUCGCGACGUCCAUCUGGGACCAGUCUCUGUACAAGGCGUGGUCCUCCAUCAUUCAUGACCUCAUCCCCAACCUCGCCGUCAUCGAGCAGGAGUUGGCCGCACUGGGUCGUGCCAUCGAGGCCGAGGAGAUCCUCCUGUACGAGCGCACCUCGUUUCUCGUCGUCUCAUCCUGGAAGUCCGAGGAAGGCCAGCGAAACCCGCACAAGGACCGGGAAGAGAAACUCUCCAACUUCAUGAAGACGUUCAAGAACCGACUCGCCAUCUGGAGCGGCACCUCGCGCAACUCGGACCAGUUCAAGGAAUUCCAGCUCAACCUCGGCGCCCUCUUCAGCUUCAUCAUCAUGACCUUCACGACCAACACCUACAUCCAGCUGGUCCUGCCGCCUGGCGAGGCCCGCUUCAACUCUGCGAGGCUCAACACGCGCAUCGCGGCGUCGUACUUCGAGCGGCUUGACGCGCCUCCCGCGAAGGAUGCUAAGGGCUCCGUCGCCGGUUCUGCUAAGGGCAGCGACUCUAAGGGACUCUCUGCGGCCAUGGGCGGACUGGAAGUCAGCGGCGACGAGCAAGUGCACGCUCAGGACGACGAGCGCGACUUUGGCGCGCAGCCUGGCGGCCCAUCUACUGCCCCUGCUGCCUGA